AUGUCUGGCCUUGAGAUACCAGCCUUUAUUAUCGGCCUCGGUGGUUUGAUCUCAGUUUUUGAGAAGGGCUUCGAAGUAUGGCGCGUUAUUCGAAGAGCCGACGAUUUUGGGGAUGAUGUUGCAGAUUGGAUGUGCAAGUUGGAGAUGGAGUUCUUUCGAUUCCAGACAUGGUGGACUGCUUUGGAGCAUCUUGCGAUCACGAAAAAUUCGUCGCAUUCUGUUCUCAAUGUUCCGCUUCAGUCUUCGCCUUUACAGGUGGCGCUGGAUAAGCAGUUCGGCAAACCCAUUAUUGAUGCUGCGACUAGCGUCUUGAGACUUCUUGAGAAAAUUGAGGGGAUUCUCCAGCGGAACGGCGUAUUGGUGGUCAUGCAGGCAGAGCCGGCCGUGACGGAUCAUGACGGAGACCUUGGGGAGGCCACUGCGAAAUCGAGACAACGGCUCAAGCGCUUCGCCAAUGAACUUUUGAAGCAUACACCAUGGACAACUCGGAUCAAACACAGCACGAGUCCAUGGAAAGAAGACACUGACAAAACCGCACUCGAUGAUUCACUGGAGUCCAUGAUAUACUGGAACAAUACUCUCUACAGUAUACUGCCUCAGAAUAUUCGGGACAGUAUUCUCGAGCUCGGAAUCGCAGGCUACGCUCUGGACUCGCCAGAAAACAUCAAGGACAUCGUCAACUUAUCCAACAAUCGCAAUGGGACACUGAGCCAAAGCGCCAAGCUCAUGACGAUACGACGGCGCUUCAAAGACGGCUCGGAUUUGAGCGUGGAUCUCGAUGCUAUCCUCCAAAAGAUGGAACUCAAAGAGGCUGCAUUCGAAGGUCUCGUCGCAGCAGAUGUAUUUAAAGGAUGUCAAUACACAAUAUCGCAGUACGCAUCUCAGGAUGGUCAGAUCUCGCGAGUUCUCAUUGAGUGGAUACCUAUUCCAAAAGAUUUUGGUGCUUAUAAACUGGCUCACUCUCGCAUGGCACAGAUCUCGUGGACUUUACAGCAGAUUGGAACUUUCUCGGCAAUACAGGCUUAUCCUGCUCUUGGAUUCGUCGAGUUUGGAAGCGCCAGAUCUUUUGGUCUCGUGUCGACCUUACCUCGCAGCUUUACGUCCUCUACCAAGGUAUAUACGCUUUACGAUAUGCUAUCUGGUGGCCAAAAAUCGGCGGCCGGUAGUAAAUCAGCUUCGCGAGUGCAGCAUGCUCUUCCAAGUCUGAACCAGCGCCUCCAGCUUGCUUCAAAGCUGGCCAUGGGAUUCUACACUUUUCUCUUAACUCGAUGGCAUCACGAGCGGUUCAAUUCUCUGCACAUCGCAUUUCUCACAGAUGAAGGGGACGCAAAGUCGAAGACACUCGACCUUACUCAACCUAUCAUCGGCGGCUUCGCAAUCUCACGACCAGAUUCACCUACCGAACUAUCCAUCUCAGCAUCAGUGGAGGAUACAGAAGUCGUAUACCUGCAUCCUGAUAUACGCAAGCGACUGAAAUCAGGAUCCACACAAAACGGUGACGAACAGCGCUUCCAGCGGGUCCACGAUAUCUACACUGUUGGACUAUUACUUGCUGAGAUUGGCUACUGGCGGCCCAUUGCAAAGGUUGCUGAAUCUGGGUCCAAGGGCUCGAAAGCAGACUCGAUGUCCCCUGAGCAGUUCAAAGAAGCUGUUGUCAAGAAGUGCAAAUCGGAUCUAGCCUUCUUCGCCGGUGAGACUUACAGGGAUAUCACGCUGCGAUGCUUACUGGCUGGUGAGUCCGGCGGGGUUCAGGCGGAGAAUGAUGCUGCUGGAUUGAACAACUUGUAUUGGGACGUUGGAAUAAAUUUGAUGACCAGUUAG